AUGACCCCCCCGAGGCUGCAGCAGCGGGGGCUGCGGUUUCUCAGCCCCCCCCUUUUUUCCCCUCGCCUCGCCUCCGUCUCUGCAAAGCCGAGCGGCUGCGGAGAGAGCGAGAGCGGGGCCGGCGCCGAGCGAGCCGCCCGCGGGCAGGACGGGGUUGCGGUGUGGGAACCGUCUGUCGCUGCCCCCGGGGGAGGCUGCGGGGGGCUCCUGGCGGAUUUCGGGGUCUCAGAGCCCGAGUGGAGCGACUCGGUGCCCCCCCGGGGAUGGGGGGUGGGAGAGGGUACUGCGGCCACUCGGACCCGGCAGGUGAACGGUGUCCUGGGGGGGUCCGCGCUGCUCUCCCUGGAUCUGCUCCCCAACGAGACGGUUAAGGCGGUCGACUGGGCAUUUUUAGAUGUCAACAGUGUCAAGAACCUCGUGGCCGAGUUCCACCACGGUGAAUUCGAGCGCUCCAACCCCCAGGAUCGAUUCGGGGACCGGUUGGAGGUGAACGAGACAGCGCUGAGGAUCGGGACCCUGGAGAGGGGCGACAGCGGCAUCUACGAGGCUCGGAUUAUACUGCACCCAACGAAGGUGGAGACACAACUCUUCGCCCUCUCCGUCUACGAUCCGGUGCCGGAGCCGCAGAUCCAGGGGCGGCAGCUCUCCCUCACCCCCCAGGAAUGCAACCUCACCCUGCGGUGCCAGGCGGCCCCGGGCAGCGAUGCCACUGUCACCUGGCAGCUCGGGAGCUCUCAGGGGGUGCCACAGGCGCGGCUCUGCGGGGACAACCAGACCCUGUGCCUGGCCCUGCCCGUUGCUGCCUUCAGCUCCACCUACACCUGCCUGGCCCGGAAUCCCGCUCAGGAGCGGAAUGUCUCCGUCCACCUGGACACCCUGUGCCAGCAGCAGGGUAAAAACCCCUCCUGUGCCCAGAUUCACCCCCCAGGAGGGUCCUGGCACCCACCACGGCUUGUCCCUGCAGACACGGGGGCCAGUCAGGGGAGACACGUGUUCCUGGUGCUGGUGGCCGUGGGCAUUUUGGCCCUGCUUGGCAUCGCCUGGAUCUGGAGGAGGAGGAGGAGGAGGAGGAGGAGGAGGAGGAAGAAGCUGCGCCAGGAGAGGUUCAGGUGCCCUCGCCCCCCUCUCCAGCGAGGAUCCCCCACUGGAGCUCUUGUACUCCGAGAUCCAGAGGAGAAACUCCCCGGAGCCUCGGGAGUUUCAGGACGGGCCCAGGACCAUCUACUGCGAGGUGCAGGCGAAGGUGUGACCUGGAGAGUCCCAGGACCCCGGAGCAGGAUGGGACCACUGACCCCCCCCAUCGGGGCUGACAGACACCCACGUCCCCUC